ACACAAAAAUCAUUCUUCUCAUUACUAUUCUAUCUUUAAUUCUUUCAACAUGGUAUCAGAGCAAUCUGUUCCAGUUUAGCUUAGCAGUAUUUUUCAGAAUCUCAGUUCAUGGCUCAGCCAGAACCUUAGCCCAAAAUUCAGAACCUCAGACCAAAAUCCACAGUUUCACAGAGCAUCACCUCCACCCUAAGCAGUCACGCCUUCCGCCGCCGACCUUACACUUGAAAUCCGUAGGCCACACGCGCCGUCAGAGGACCUCGCAGACCUAAUCGCAGACCCAAUCGCCGGAGAAUCCAUCGGAACUAUUUUCCGGUGUCUUGAACGGUAUUAUCUUUCUGUGACUUUGCUUAUUAAGUAACAACGACAUUCAAGGAUAGUAUUUUGGUCGCUGUAAGUUUACUUAAUACAUAGCAUCUUAUUUCUGCAAUUAAAAAAAAAGUCAAAAAAAAAAAAAUUAAAAAAAAAAUCAAAAAAAAAUGUCUGGUUCUGAUACAGACACUUCCACCGUACAACAUGCUCAGCCUUUGGUAGUUUCCGAAGUUAUUCCCAUUAAUUUUAAAAUUACUGAGAAUAAACUUUGUGGCUCUAACUAUCUUGAAUGGAGUAAAACUAUCAAACGUUAUUUACGAAGCAUUGAUAAAUACAUCCACUUAGUUGAUGACCCGCCAAAGGAGGAGAUUGAUAGAGCUGCUAAUGCUGUCUGGCUUCGUGAUGAUUCUAGAUUAUUUAUCCAGAUUCAGAACUCCAUGGAGAAUGACGUCAUGGGGGCAGAAAUGAAAGAUAAGCCUCUCACAGCUUAUUUUAUGGAUUUCAAGAAAACGUAUGAAGAACUUAAUACCUUAAUGCCCUUUAGUCCAGAUAUCAAAGUGCAGCAGAAACAACGCGAACAAAUGGCAGUCAUGAGCUUUUUGGCUGGUCUUACGUCUGAUUUUGAAACAGCCAAAUCACAUAUCCUAUCUAGUGAUGUGGUCUCUUCUCUUCAAGAUGCUUUCAGUAGAGUGCUUCGCACUGACACUUCAUCCACAUCAUCAGCACCUCAGCCAAGCAAUGCUUUUGUAGGACAAGUCCCAACAUUCCCCAAUGGAGGUGAGAAGUGGCCACGCACAGGACCGAUUGGCAAAGGAGUAGUAUGCAACUACUGUAAGAAACCCGGACACUUGAUCAAAGAUUGUCGAAAGCUAAAGUUCAAAAAUCAAGGAAAUCAAGUCGCUCACAUUGCUUCCGCUACACAGCCAUCUAAUGGAUCCAUCAUUAUGUCUUCGGAGGAAUAUGACAAAUUCCUAGGUUACCAGGAGGCUCUAAAGCAUUCAUCUACUCCUAUCUCAGCUGUAGCUAAUUCAGGUAAUCCAAACACAUGUCUUGUAUCUUCAUCCUCAAAAUGGGUUAUCGAUUCAGGAACAACAGAUCAUAUGACAGGAUCUGUUGACGAAUCAGGUUAUUGGUAAAGGAUAUGAGUCGGCCGGUCUCUAUCUCUUGGAUACAUCCUUACCCAAAUCAAUCUCUUGUCUUGGCAUUGGAACUGUGUUAGAGGCUCACUAUCGACUAGGUCACCCUUCUCUUCCGUUGUUAAAGAAGCUUUAUCCUCAAUUCAAUAAGGUGUCAUCUUUACAGUGUGAUUCGUGUCAAUUUGCAAAACAUCAUCGAAGUAGUCUAAGUCCUCGAGUCAAUAAACGAGCACAUGCUCCUUUUGAACUGGUUCAUUCUGAUGUUUGGGGUGCUUGCCCUGUUGUGUCCAGAUCUGGUUUUAAAUAUUUUGUUACCUUUGUUGAUGAUUAUUCUCGUAUGACUUGGAUUUAUUUCAUGAAACGUCGUUCCGAGUUAUUUUCUCAUUUUUGUGCCUUUUGUGCUGAAAUCAAAACUCAAUUUAAUGUACAUGUUCGUAUUUUAAGGGGAGACAAUGCUCAAGAGUAUUUGUCUGCCUCAUUUAAGUUGUAUAUGGCUCAACAUGGCAUAAUUCAUCAAACUUCAUGUGUAGACACACCUCCCCAAAAUGGAGUUGCUGAACGAAAGAACAAACAUCUAUUAGAAACUGCGCGGGCUCUUCUAUUCCAAAUGAAUGUGCCAAAACAUUUUUGGGCAGAUGCUGUGUCUACCGCAUGUUAUUUGAUCAAUCGAAUGCCAUCUACUGUUUUAGAUGGUAAAACUCCAUAUCAGUGCCUAUUUCCAAAUAAUGAAAAUUUUCCUAUUCCUCCUAAAGUUUUUGGUUGCACUUGUUUUGUACGAGAUGUUAAUACCCAUUUAACAAAGUUAGAUCCCAAGUCAUUAAAGUGCAUUUUCUUAGGCUACUCUCGAGUUCAAAAGGGGUACAGAUGUUUUUCUCCAAGUACAGGUCGGUAUAUUGUUUCAAUUGAUGUCUCCUUUUAUGAAAAUACACCAUUUUCAUCAACAGACACAAAUAUCUGUAGGGAGAAUGAUGAUAUACUCAUUUACACAGUCACUAUACCCGAGUCCAAUACUUCAGCAGUUCUUCCCCAUGUUACUUUUCCUGAGGCUAGGCCUCCGAUACACUUGGUAUACACUCGUCGACACAAAGUGCAAGAUCACCCUCCACCUGUGGUUACUUCUCCUGAAUGCUUUGGAUCUUAAUGGUACCUGGGAUUUGGUAGACUUGCCUACAGGGAAGAAGUCUAUUGGAUGUAAGUGGGUCUUUGCUGUAAAGGUUAACCCUGACGGAUCCGUUGCUCGAUUGAAAGCCCGAUUAGUUGCGAAGGGUUAUGCUCAAACCUAUGGCGUUGAUUAUUCUGACACAUUUUCUCCUGUUGCUAAAUUAACAUCUGUCAGAUUACUUAUUUCUCUCGCAGCAACUCAUGGUUGGCACUUACAUCAAUUGGACAUUAAGAAUGCAUUCUUGCAUGGUGAUCUUCAGGAGGAAGUUUAUAUUGAGCAACCUCCGGGGUUUGUUGCUCAAGGGGAGUAUGGGAAAGUUUGUCGACUUCGCAAGUCUCUUUAUGGUUUGAAACAGAGUCCCCGUGCAUGGUUCGGGAAAUUCAGCCAAUCAAUUGAACGAUUUGAGAUAUUAAAAGGCAAAUCAGAUCACUCUGUAUUUUACAGACAAACGAAAACAGGUAUUACAUUACUUGUGGUGUAUGUCGAUGACAUUGUGAUUACAGGGAGUGAUAAUACAGGUAUUUUGGCCCUAAAGAAUUUUCUUCAUAGUCAAUUCCAAACGAAAGAUUUGGGCUCAUUGAAAUACUUCUUGGGAAUUGAGGUUACACGGAGUAAGAAAGGCAUAUUUCUAUCUCAACGUAAAUAUGUGCUUGACUUACUAACUGAAACAGGGAAACUGGGGGCAAAACCAAGCAGUAGUCCCAUGAUUCCCAAUGUACAACUCACUCAUGAAGGUAUGCCAUUCGAAGAUCCGGAAAGAUAUAGACGGUUGGUUGGAAAACUUAAUUAUCUCGCAGUUACCCGUCCAGAUAUUGCAUACUCAGUGAGUGUAGUAAGUCAAUACAUGUCAUCUCCGACAGUGGAUCAUUGGAAUGCUGUAGAGCAUAUAUUAUGUUACUUGAAGGGGACACCGGGACGAGGUAUUGUUUAUCAGAAUCAUAAUCACAUGAGAAUAGAAUGCUUUGCAGAUGCUGAUUGGGCUGGAUCUAAAGAUGAUAGAAGAUCCACAUCUGGCUAUUGCGUCUUUGAUGGUGGUAAUCUCGUCUCUUGGAAAAGUAAGAAGCAGAAUGUGGUUUCUCGUUCGAGUGCUGAAUCAGAAUAUCGGGCUAUGGCACAAUCGGCAUGUGAGAUAAUCUGGAUAAACCAUUUAUUGAGUGAAAUGGGAUUGAAGACACCAAUGCCUGCUAAACUCUGGUGCGAUAACCAAGCUGCUAUACACAUUGCCAACAAUCCAGUGUUUCAUGAGAGAACAAAACAUAUUGAGAUCGAUUGUCACUUUGUUCGAGAAAAGAUACAACAAGGAUUGAUCUCUACAGGACAUGUGAAGACUGGAGAGCAACUUGGAGAUUUGUUCACUAAAGCACUAAAUGGAAUUCGUGUUGGUUACUUAUGUAACAAGUUGGGCAUGAUAAAUAUUUAUGCUCCAACUUGAGGAGGAGUGUGAAAGAC